CCCGAUAUUUAUUACUCACACAAUCUUUAUAUUCACACCAGAACAGUAAUUAAAACCUUCUGUAUCAAGAAAACAGGCAACAGAGAGAGAGAGGGGGAUUGAACAUGGAGAUGAAUGAAGACAACAAUGCAACAGCAUCAAUCUCAAACCUAAUAGCAUCUCUAGAACAAGCGACCCAAAUGGCCAAACAGCUUCAAAUCACUUCAAACCCUUCCCAUCUUGUCCAAAUCUACUCUUCUCUCCAAUCCACAAACACCCAUCUUUCUUCCUUCCUCUCCUCUCACAACCCUUCUCCAAUCAUUCCCUCUCCAGCUUCUGCCACAGCCACCACUCAGAAUCUGCAGUCUGAUGAGCCCAUGGAAGGGGCUGAAGAUGAUGAGGUUGAAGAAGCUGAACAAAACCCAACAAUUGAGAGAGUGGAGGAGAGGUUUAAAGAUUGUUUUAUUGGGAAUAAGAGGUUGAAGAGGCAGCUUUCUCCGGCCUCGGCGGAGCAGAGGGUGUAUGAGUGUGGUGGGAGGGUGGAGUUUGAUCCUUAUGGGACAAAGAUCAGAGCUUUGGAUCUUAUUUAUCAGUUUCAUAGUUGAAUUUAGAUGUUAGGUGUUUUUUAUUAGUUAGUCAUGUGGGAGAUGGUUUUGUUUGUGUAGUAGAGUUUUGUCAUGUAUGAGGAUCAUGUUAUGCUGCCUAGUGACAAAGGCGUAAUCGUGUCAACAAUGUUGUGGCGGUUUCAGGAAGGGAAGGCGGUUGUUGAACAGCACCCUCAUAUGCUUCAGGAACUGAAGGUGGCACAAUAAUCGGAUGGACAGGAUCUGAGUCUAGAUUCCAAAAAUAAUCGGAUGGAAAUGAUGCAAGAAGAUUUUGAUGGUCCGAGAUAUUGUUAAUUGGCAUAGUAGAUACAUCCGAUGUCUCAUUCCAUCCCGUCUCUGAUACUAAAGGUGGCAAUAGAUUUUGUUGGUUCAGGACAUUGGCACUAUGGUUUGAAGAGUUGGAGUCUGGAUAUAAGCUCCAUGGUAUGUCAGAUGGUAAUGGUGGGAGAGAAUCUUCUUGGUUGCUGAGAUUGUUGUUGAUUAGACAAGAAGCCAUAUUUGAAUUCGGAUUUGAUGGUGCUGAUAAUGAAGGUAGAGGAUUUACUGUAUGAUUGUUUGGGAGAAUCUUCUUGAUUAACUCCCAAUCAGCAUUCUCAAGUAUCUCCCAUGGCAAUGAGUGAAGACAAUUUUGUUGCUCCAAGUAUGUGCCUGUGUGCCCAUUUUCAGUCUCAUUUGUUCCAUAUGUUUCCUGUUGAGGGUUGAAAGUGAUUAGAUCAUCCUCAAUAUUUCUCGCCAGUUGUUGCCAAGAAAUGUGUUCAUUCUCGCUAGUUUUUAAUUGUUGCCAAGAAUUUUCAACUUGAAAUUCUGGGAAAGAAGGGAAUGAAGAAUCUCCAAAAUGAUCUUCAGUAUUGGAACCUGGUAGUGGCGGCAACGAAGAAUCUUGAAAAUAAUUUUCAAUAUUAGAACAUGUGAGUGGUGGUAAUGCAGACUCUUGAAGAUUAAAAUCAUUCCUCUUUGCUGAAUAAUUUUCCGCAGGAACAAUUUCAGAUCUGUCGGAACCGCCAAGAAAUAGUGAUUUUCCAUCACUAGCAAUCCUAAGUCCUAUAAAUGCACUAUUACUUGUGCUUGAACUUGAUGUAGCAUGAUCAUCAGGAGUGUUACUAGUUGGCCUUCUAUUCAAGAUGCUCAACAACUUGUUUCUUUUAUCAUCACAAUAACCUCGAACGUUUGUAUUUACCUCGGUCAUUUGGUUAUACUGAGUCGGCACAUUUCCAGUGUUCAUACUCAAAGAUGAUACAUCAAAAGAUGAAUAAGAGGGUGGUGCUAGGCGGACUCUGGAGUUACCAAUUGCUGAGCAUUGUCCAUAGAGCGAAGAAUGACUUGAAGAAGACAUGGAAUAAAAGUUUCUCGAUGCAAGGUGAGAAGAGCCUGAAAAAUGAUGUCGAGGAGUUCCCAGUAAAGAUUCAUAUGCAUAUGGUACCCUAGUACAGUUUGCUUCUGUGUUUGGUCCCCAGUAGUACUUGUCCAUUCCCUCUUGAACUUUUUUCAAGCAGAUUCUAUAUUUCUGCACAAUACGGGUUAACAUGAGUCAUCUUCGUGAAAGUAUUUGUAACAAUUUCAGCUUAAAGUCGAAAAUGGCUCAUGUUCGCAUCUUUUAUUACGAACAUAACUAUAGGAGGUAAUACUAUUCCAUAAAGGCAGGAAUUAUUAUGGGA